AUGGUUCACGUCAACUUCUACCACAACUAUGGUAAGACAUUUAAGAAGCCACGUUGUCCUUAUGAGAAGGAACGUUUGGAUGGUGAGUUGAAACCUAUUGGAGAGUAUGGUCUUCGAGGCAAAAGGGAGCUAUGGAGGAUUCAGUAUUUUCUUAGCCGCGUUCGUAAUGCUGCAAGAAUGCUUUUGACCCUUGAUAAGAAGGACCCCCGUAGGAUCUUUGAAGGAGAAGCACUUAUGAGGAGAAUGAAACGAUAUGGUCUUUUGGAUGAAAGUCAGAACAAACUUGAUUAUGUCCUGGCCCUUAAUGUUGAAAACUUUUUGGAACGUCGUCUUCAGACACUUGUUUUUAAAACUGCUAUGGCCAACUCUAUUCACCAUGCCCGUGUUCUCAUCAAGUACUUUUUUAAUUCAGAAUCUUUUUGCUUAGUUGGAAGGCAGGUGGUCAAUGUGCCAUCCUUCAUGGUGAGGGUGGACAGCAAAAAACAUAUCGAUUUCUCACUCACUAGUCCAUUUGGUGGUGGUUGUCCUGGAAGAGUGAAACGAAAGAACCAAAAGACAGUUGCAAAGAAGGCUGCUGGCGGGGAUGCUGAAGACGACAAUGAAGAAUGA